AUGGACACUUACGCACAUCAAAUUCUGGAUCCAACCAAAUUGAAGAGAGGCACAACCUCUUUGCCGUUUUGCCGUUUCCUGCUGCCCCUCUUCGCAUCGCUCAUUUCGAAAAGUAUCAAUCCUCCUUCCAACCCAAACAGCAUCACAGCCCCCUCAUCACGGUUUCUAACGCAACGCAUCGGCAUGUCAGAUCCAACAUCACCCACCAAGCUCCCAUUAUUGGAUUCGAUGAUGAUUCCCAAGGAGGACACGUUGUUUCCUUCUCUUGCAAUGGCUGGCCUCCAAACGCCGACGACGAGGCGGACCACCGCACUGCCCAAGAUGUCCUUGAAGCCAAGGAAAUCGACAAGGGGGUAUGUUGACACUUUGGAUAUUGUUCAUGCCACUUAUGCCGUCCCUUCUAUUGCCGCCGCUACUGGCACAGCAGCUGCAAGGACUCAUCUGGUGGCAUCAGGUGGUUUCUCUACCCCCCUCUUUUCCCGCGCACCAUCAGUCGAGAGUCUCGUUCAGAACGCACCCCAAUUCCCCGACUGUCUGAGCCCGACCAUGGACGACGACACCAAGCCAAUGACGGCCAAGCCGUUUCUGCCUCGCCCCAAGAAGCACACCAAGCGAAGCCGACCCAUUGAAGCAGCGACAAGGGCGUCUGCAUCGAGGCCCUCACUGACCAGCAGAAGGCCAGCCAAGACUUUGACCUCCUCAGUCUUCAUGCCCGACAUUCCUGACCAACGCACCGUUUCGCCCGAGUCCUGUGCGGACUUUUCUCAUUCCAGGAUCCACCGCCGUUUGAAGAUGAGGCCAACCACUGGCCUUGUUCUCUGA